GAGCACUCGCCCGCCGCCUCGGCCUCCGCUGAGCGCGCCCUUCUCCGGAGCGCAUCCCGCCGCGGCAGCCCGAGGAGCGUCCCGGCCCUGCGCCGACGACCACCAUGGCGGAGACCAACAACGAAUGCAGCAUCAAGGUGCUCUGCCGGUUUCGGCCCCUGAACCAGGCGGAGAUUCUGCGGGGGGACAAGUUCAUCCCCAUCUUCCAAGGGGACGACAGCGUCGUUAUUGGGGGGAAGCCGUAUGUCUUUGACCGUGUAUUCCCCCCAAACACGACACAAGAGCAGGUGUAUCAUGCGUGUGCCAUGCAGAUCGUCAAAGAUGUCCUUGCUGGCUACAAUGGCACCAUUUUUGCUUAUGGACAGACAUCCUCCGGGAAAACCCAUACCAUGGAGGGAAAGCUGCACGACCCCCAGCUGAUGGGAAUCAUUCCUCGAAUUGCCCGAGACAUCUUCAAUCACAUCUACUCCAUGGAUGAGAACCUUGAGUUCCACAUCAAGGUUUCUUACUUUGAGAUCUACCUGGACAAAAUUCGUGACCUUCUGGAUGUGACCAAGACGAAUUUGUCAGUGCACGAGGACAAGAACCGGGUGCCGUUUGUCAAGGGUUGCACUGAACGCUUUGUGUCCAGCCCAGAAGAGAUUUUGGAUGUGAUUGAUGAAGGGAAAUCAAAUCGUCAUGUGGCUGUCACCAACAUGAACGAACACAGCUCUCGAAGCCACAGCAUCUUCCUCAUUAACAUCAAGCAGGAGAACAUGGAAACAGAGCAGAAGCUCAGUGGGAAGCUGUAUCUCGUGGACCUGGCAGGGAGCGAGAAGGUCAGUAAGACUGGAGCAGAGGGCGCCGUGCUGGAUGAGGCAAAGAAUAUCAAUAAGUCACUGUCCGCCCUGGGGAAUGUGAUCUCCGCGCUGGCUGAGGGCACUAAAAGCUAUGUUCCAUAUCGUGACAGCAAAAUGACACGGAUUCUUCAGGACUCUCUGGGAGGAAACUGCCGGACGACCAUGUUCAUCUGUUGCUCGCCGUCCAGCUACAACGAUGCAGAGACCAAGUCCACCCUGAUGUUUGGGCAGCGGGCGAAGACCAUUAAGAACACUGCCUCUGUGAACCUGGAGCUGACUGCUGAGCAAUGGAAGAAGAAGUAUGAGAAGGAGAAGGAGAAGACAAAGACCCAGAAAGAGACGAUCGCCAAGCUGGAGGCCGAGCUGAGCCGGUGGCGCAAUGGAGAGAACGUGCCUGAGACGGAGCGCCUGGCCGGGGAGGAUGCAGCCCUUGGGGCCGAGCUCUGUGAGGAGACCCCAGUGAAUGACAACUCGUCCAUCGUGGUGCGCAUUGCGCCCGAAGAGCGGCAGAAGUACGAGGAGGAGAUCCGGCGCCUCUAUAAACAGCUGGAUGACAAGGAUGAUGAGAUCAACCAGCAGAGCCAACUCAUAGAAAAGCUCAAGCAGCAGAUGCUGGACCAGGAAGAGCUGCUGGUGUCCACCCGAGGAGACAACGAGAAGGUCCAGCAGGAGCUAAGCCACCUGCAGUCGGAGAACGACGCCGCCAAGGACGAGGUGAAGGAGGUGCUGCAGGCCCUGGAGGAGCUGGCGGUCAACUAUGACCAGAAGUCCCAGGAGGUGGAGGAGAAGAGCCAGCAGAACCAGCUCCUGGUGGACGAGCUGUCUCAGAAGGUGGCCACCAUGCUGUCCCUGGAGUCUGAGCUGCAGCGGCUCCAGGAGGUCAGUGGACACCAGCGAAAACGAAUCGCUGAGGUGCUGAAUGGGCUGAUGAAGGAUCUGAGUGAAUUCAGCGUCAUCGUGGGCAACGGGGAGAUCAAGCUGCCGGUGGAGAUCAGUGGGGCCAUCGAGGAGGAGUUCACCGUGGCCCGACUGUACAUCAGCAAAAUCAAAUCGGAAGUCAAGUCUGUGGUCAAGCGGUGCCGGCAGCUGGAGAACCUCCAGGUGGAAUGUCAUCGCAAGAUGGAGGUGACUGGGCGGGAGCUGUCAUCCUGCCAGCUCCUCAUCUCCCAGCAUGAGGCUAAGAUCCGCUCACUUACGGAAUACAUGCAGAGCGUGGAGCUGAAGAAGCGGCACCUGGAAGAGUCCUAUGACUCCCUGAGUGAUGAGCUGGCCAAGCUCCAGGCCCAGGAAACCGUGCACGAAGUGGCCUUGAAGGACAAGGAGCCCGACACACAGGAUGCAGACGAAGUGAAGAAGGCCCUGGAACUGCAGAUGGAGAGUCACCGGGAGGCCCAUCACCGGCAGCUGGCCCGGCUCCGGGAUGAGAUCAAUGAAAAACAGAAGACCAUCGAUGAGCUCAAAGAUCUGAAUCAGAAGCUUCAGUUAGAGUUAGAGAAGCUGCAGGCUGACUACGAGAAGCUGAAAAAUGAAGAACACGAGAAGAGCACCAAGCUCCAGGAGCUGACAUUUCUGUACGAGCGACAUGAGCAGUCCAAGCAGGACCUCAAGGGUCUGGAGGAGACAGUUGCCCGGGAACUCCAGACCCUCCACAACCUUCGCAAGCUGUUCGUUCAAGACGUCACGACUCGAGUCAAGAAAAGUGCAGAAAUGGAGCCCGAGGACAGUGGGGGGAUUCACUCCCAAAAGCAGAAGAUUUCCUUUCUUGAGAACAACCUGGAACAGCUUACAAAGGUUCACAAACAGCUGGUACGUGACAAUGCAGAUCUGCGUUGUGAGCUUCCUAAAUUGGAAAAACGACUUAGGGCUACGGCUGAGAGAGUUAAGGCCCUGGAGGGUGCACUAAAGGAGGCCAAGGAGGGCGCCAUGAAGGACAAGCGCCGAUACCAGCAGGAGGUAGACCGCAUCAAGGAAGCUGUUCGCUAUAAGAGCUCGGGCAAGCGGGGCCAUUCUGCUCAGAUUGCCAAACCUGUCCGGCCCGGCCACUACCCAGCAUCUUCCCCCACCAACCCCUAUGGCACCCGGAGCCCUGAGUGCAUCAGCUACACCAACAGCCUCUUCCAGAACUACCAGAAUUUGUACCUGCAGGCCACACCUAGCUCCACUUCAGAUAUGUACUUUGCUAACUCCUGUGCCAGCAGUGGAGCCACGUCUUCCGGCGGUCCCUUGGCUUCCUACCAGAAAGCCAACAUGGACAAUGGAAAUGCCACAGAUAUCAAUGACAACAGGAGUGACCUGCCGUGUGGCUACGAGGCUGAGGACCAGGCCAAACUCUUCCCUCUCCACCAAGAGACAGCAGCCAGCUAAUCUCCCACCCUGACGGCUACACCUGCACUUUCAGUUUCUAAGAGGGACUGAGGCCUCUCCUCUCAGCAUGCUGCAAACCUGUGGUCUCUGAUACUAACUCCCUCCCCAACCCCUGUUGUUCAACUGUACCAUGUUUGAUGUCUUCUCUUACUUACGCUGUAUCUCUUUGUACUCUGUAUCUAUAUAUCAAAAGCUGCUGCUAUGUUUCUCUUCUCUCUGUCUCACUCUCCAAGUAUCUAAUGAUGUAUUUAGCAAUUUCUAAGUAUAGCCCUGUCCACCCUCCUCAUUUGGGGCAGUAGGGAAGAGGGUAAUGUUUCUUCUUUCUCUCUGUAUACGCGUCUCUCACACUGAGUUAUGUUAGUCACUGAGUAGAGGUCACAGAGAUGACAAAAGGAAAAAUGGGAGCUGGGGGGCUGUGAUCCUUCUCUCUCUCUCUCUCUCUCUCUCACACACACACACACACACACACACACACACACACACACACACACACACAAAGCCUUAAGCUUCUAGAAGAAUGUCUUAGCAACAUAAGACAGAGAAAGAGACCUUCCUCCCUCCUCUUUCUCAUAUGGCACAGGGGAAGGUACAAUGGAAGGGCUGCUGAAUUAGACAUAGAAUGUUCUCCCUAAACUCCUCACCUGAGUCAAGAGAUUCUGAGUGUUUACCUCUGCCCUACAAAAUCUACCUUUUCCUCCCUCUUCUUGUUUUCCCUGGACCGAGAACACGGGUUGUCCAAGGAACCAUUUCCCCUUCUCCAAAGCUCCUUUUGAUAUUCCCUGCCCCAGAGUUUAUGACUGGAACUGAGAGUUGCGUAAAAUUGUUUUGAAAAAUGGAGGGGCAACCUUCUCCCCUCAGUUUGUCAAAUGACUACUCAUCUGUCCAUGGCAAUAGUUAUAGGCAAGUGUAGUCCAAAUGGAUGGUUCCUUGGGUUUGGGGGUGAAUAGGCUGGGAGGUUCCUAGGUGUUUUUGCCACCGUGCCCUCAGGUGGAAGUGAGGAGCUGGAUUCCUUUCUUUGUCCCAUAUUGGGCUGCCCCACCCUCCCGGCUCCACCUUUUGGUUUGGAGGCUUCCAGGUCAUGGACAAAAUAUCUCUCUCCAGUUACCUUCCUUCAUGCUGGAACUGACUUUUCCCCAAUGUACAUUUUCCUCCCUACAAAGAGUUCCUUCUAUAAUGUCCCCAUUUGGUAUUAAGUGCACUUUAAAGAAAGGGACAGGGCAGAUUUUCCAGAGGUGGGAGAGUCCUAGGGCUUGGCCCUAAGGGCUCUCUUCCCCAGCCAUUCUCAGCCCAGAUUCCCUUAUAUGUAAGAGGACUGUUGUUUUAGUUCCAGAUGGUCCUUUCCUUCCACAUGGUGCUAAGGUGGUUUUCUAGGUAACUGCAGGGAUGGAGGUCACUAGCCAGUUUAAGCCAAGAAAGUCUGGUGUCCUGAUAUCCAUCUUAUUUAGGAUGGAAGACCAGGAGCCUCCAGCAGCAGGGCAACCCCUCAUCCAGCUUCUCCUAAGUCAGGGAAGAACGCCCAGUGGGGGGGGCCAGCUGGUACACACAGGCUGCACUGGCCUGUGACUCCUUUAAGAGAAAGAAGCCCCGCUCCCCUCACCUGUUUAGCAAGCAAAGGAGAAAUGCUCUCCUCACCUGUUGAGCCCAUUUAGCAGAUGAGGAGAGAUGCAGGGGAAAAAACUACCAGAGGGGUGUGGAACAAAUCCAAAGUGGUGAUUUUCAAAUAUUUUUCAAAACAAAUCUUAUAUAGAACCCUGAUAUAAGAAAUAACAUAAAAUAAUGCAGAUCUCGGCAGUUUGCUUUUUUUUUUUGAGUCAGAAUAUCACUCUGUUGCCCGGGUUGGAGUGCACGAUCCCAGCUCAGCACAGCUUUCCUGGGAUUAGGGGAUCCUUCCACAUCAGCCUCCCAGGUAGCUGGGACUGCAGGUGCAUGCCACCAUGCCCGGCUAAUUUUUUUUAUUUUUUGUAGAGAGGAGGUCUUGCUAUGUUGCCCAGGCUUUUCUGUUUUUGAUGGAAAAUGCUUCAUUAGCUGAGAAGCCUCUGGACAGUCCUAAGAGACCCAGAGGAUUCAAAGAGGAGUUUGAAAACCACUGUUCUGAGGAAGGAGGUCUAAUCUGGCUCCUGUACACAAAACCUGCAGCUCAAAGAAAGGAUGGAAAGGGUGGGGUCCAUGAGCCAUGCUGUCUCCAGACCCAGCCGGGAGAGGAAGGGAGAGACCUGCGGACUUAGGCUCACACUUCCAGCAGGGCACCUGUGAAUCCGGAGGGGGUGGGGUGGGGGCGUUGUGUAAUCUUGCGUCAAACCGUUCUUUUAAAAACACAAGAGAAAAUGUGAGGGUGCAGGACAGAUAAGGAGACAGAUGACAGGGAGCAGUCUUCUCCUCAGCAAGAUGUAAGGGAAAUGGAACUCACUUGCAUAAAUAAGCCACAACACACACACACACACACACACACACACACACACACACACACACACACACACACCCUUCACCAGAAGCUUCACGCUCCAUCCUCUUCCUCCUUCCUGCCCCACCUUGCUGCGUCCCUCCUUUCAGAGCGCCAGGGUCACAGCCAGGGGCACCUGGCCUGCCCACUCACAUCUGCCAAAAUCUUGCAUGCCAGUGUGGAAGACAAACCAAACUGCACAAAGCCCAAUGUGUAUUUACUUGGUGUACAUAGAUAUCUUUAAAAUAAAAUAAAUCCGAUGAUGACUGUA